AAUUGAUGAUAGGAGAAGGUAAAAACGACAUUGGAAGGUUUUGAAGCAAACAGAACAGAGAAUGCGUAUAAUCUUACACUGAAUAAAGAACAGAAGAAGAAGAUGUUGAUGAAGAAGAAACAACUGUUGAUUUUAUAUGGUUAAAUAGAGAGAGAGAGAGAGAGAGAGAGAGAGAAAGAGAGAGAGAGAGAGAGAGAGAGAGAGAGAGGGAAUUGGGGUUUUGGGUUUGCGCGCUAAGAUGUCAGGAGAGGACGAGGCUCUUCUCCUGAGAUCCUCAAACGACAUUAACAAAGACGAAAAUGGUGGCGCUUCUGCCGAGAACGACAGUGAUUUGGAAGCUCAAGAUGGAAUGAGCGGCAGAAAGAACAGUAUCAGUCCGACCAGUAGAAGAGGAGGCGUCGGAGGCUUCAAAGAUCUGCUGAUCAAGCAUUUGGACGGCGCAGGAGGGCUCUCCGGUCGCCGGCUCAGUUUCAAGCGCGGUAGAGAAAACCACAAUCACAGAGAGAUUAGAGAGCCGCGUUCCCCUGUAGAUCCCCACCAUCAACAUCAUAAUCAUCAGCAGCAUCAUGAGCCCUUGGCCGGCAUGGAUGGGAAUGAUGAGCUUGCCGAUAGUGCCCCUCCCGAGUGGGCUUUGCUUCUCAUUGGUUGCCUUCUCGGCCUCGCCACCGGUCUCUUUGUCGCGGCUUUUAACAAAGGGGUACAUGUUAUACAUGAAUGGGCCUGGGCUGGUACUCCAAAUGAUGGUGCUGCAUGGCUCCGUCUGCAGAGACUGGGUGAUACUUGGCAUCGAAUUCUUUUAAUACCAGUCACAGGUGGGGUUAUUGUUGGCAUGAUGCAUGGUUUACUUGAAAUAUUGGACCAGAUAAGGCAGUCCAGUUCCUCUCAAAGACAGGGUUUUGAUUUACUUGCUGGAGUUUUUCCCACAAUAAAGGCUGUCCAGGCGGCUGUCACUUUAGGUACUGGUUGUUCUUUGGGUCCUGAAGGCCCUAGUGUAGAUAUUGGAAAAUCUUGUGCCAACGGAUUCUCAUUAAUGAUGGAAAACAACAGAGAAAGGAAGAUUGCCCUUGUUGCAGCAGGUGCAGCGGCUGGAAUUUCUUCAGGGUUUAAUGCAGCAGUUGCUGGUUGCUUCUUUGCUAUUGAAACCGUGUUAAGGCCUCUUCGAGCAGAAAAUUCACCUCCAUUUACAACUGCAAUGAUUAUAUUGGCUUCUGUUAUAUCAUCCACCGUAUCUAAUGUUUUACUUGGGACUCAAUCAGCCUUUACUGUGCCCACAUAUGAUUUGAAAUCUGCAGCUGAACUACCUCUGUACCUGAUAUUGGGCAUGCUAUGUGGUGCUGUAAGUGUAGCCUUCACUCGCUUGGUUGCUUGGUUCACAAAGUUCUUUGACUUUAUCAAGGAAAGAUUUGGCCUUCCUGCUGUUGCCUGCCCUGCAUUAGGUGGUUUAGGAGCUGGUAUAAUCGCUCUUAAGUAUCCUGGAAUUUUGUACUGGGGUUUCACAAAUGUUGAAGAAAUCCUGCAUACUGGGAGGAUUGCUUCGGCUCCUGGAAUCUGGCUGUUAACUCAAUUGGCAGCAGCCAAAGUUGUGGCAACAGCUUUAUGCAAGGGUUCUGGGCUUGUAGGUGGCCUAUAUGCACCAAGCUUGAUGAUUGGUGCUGCUGUUGGUGCUGUGUUUGGGGGUUCAGCUGCAGAACUGAUAAAUUCAGCCAUUCCAGGAAAUGCUGCUGUUGCCCAGCCACAGGCUUAUGCACUGGUUGGAAUGGCUGCUACACUAGCUUCAGUUUGUUCGGUGCCAUUGACAUCAGUCCUACUUCUGUUUGAGCUGACAAAAGAUUACCGGAUAUUGCUUCCUCUCAUGGGAGCUGUUGGAUUGGCAAUUUGGGUUCCCUCUGUGGUAAACCAGCCAAUGGAGACUGAACCAUCUGAUACACAGAAUUCAGCAAGAGUAUAUUCUGUUGUUUCGGCCGCUGAAGAGAAAGAUGAAGUUAUGCGGAGACAACUUGAUAGUGGACAUGAUUUGGAACUCUCUGUAAUAGGAAACACUUCUGACUCCGAAACAGUUAGUGAAGAAUUGCUUCUGGAAGAUCUAAAGGUUUCACGGGCCAUGUCAAAGAACUAUGUGAAAGUUCCUGUGAGUGUAACUAUGAAAGAGGCAAUAAAAUGCAUGCGUGACAAUCAUCAGAAUUGUGUGUUGGUGGUUGAUGAUGAAGAUCUUCUUGAGGGAAUAUUAACAUUUGGUGAUGUUAGACGGUUUCAAUCAAAGAAGUCUAGCGAUACAUCCAAGAGCGAUUGUAGAUUUUUGGACGCAAAUACAUGCCUUGUUUCCUCUGUUUGUACUCGAGGAAUUAGCUAUUGUGGGCGAGCACGUGGUAUAUUUACCUGUUAUCCGGACACUGAUUUAGCAAUGGCCAAGGAACUAAUGGAGGCGAAAGAUAUCAGGCAGUUGCCUGUGGUUAAGCGUGUCAGAGAACCAUCAAAAGAAAUAAAGCGAAGAAUAGUAGCUAUUCUUCAUUAUUCUUCAAUCUUGAACUGUCUCAGAGAGGAGAUUAAAUCACAGGAAAUCAGUCCAUCAACAUAGAAAAGAGAAUCUCGAUGAGGUUACCAAUGACCUUUAAUUUCUGCCAAAGUGCCGUUGUCAAACCAUAACGCGGGACUGCCACCGAAAA